CUUUGACGGCUUACCUUCCUCAAGUCUCGUCAAAGUGGAAGCUGCAGUCUUGACAACCUUUUCUAUAUCAAUUGGAUCGACUGUUUUUGAUAUAGACACCUCCCCAUACUACGCGAUCCUUCCAACCCGAUCCAACUUUGUCAAAAGCAAUGACAUCCCGCUUCGUCUCAGGCGGCACGAUCGCCGGCGACGGCCAGACCGAACCCGUUCCUAAGCAAACGUCGCCUUUAUCAAGCACAACAGCAAUAGCAAAAAUAGAGACUGCGCAAUGGGGCAGCGAACCGGGUGGCGAGCCGCCGAAGAGGAAUACGGAGUGGGAGGCCGUGCAGCGCGAGCUGGAAGCCGAUCGCAGGCGCCGCGAGGAGGCGCGGCGCGCGCAGGUCGAGGGCGGCGCGGGAGGGGAGCGCAGCUUGUUUGAGGUUUUGCAGGCUAAUAAAGCGGCCAAGCAAGCGGCUUUCGAAGAGCAGAAUCGCAUACGCAACCAGUUCCGCGCGUUGGACGACGACGAGAUCGAGUUCUUGGAGGGUGUGCGGGAUGAGCGGAGGGAAGAGGAGGAGAGGGUUAAGCGCGAGACGGAGGAGAGGCUGGCUAGGUUUAGGGAGGCGCAGAAGAAGAGUGUUUCUGGUCCUUCUGUGUCAGCUGAUGGUGGAGAUGAUGGCGAAGGGGAAGUGGUUGCGGAUGAUGCUAAGAACGAUGAUGGCGGUGUCGGUGUUGAAGAUCCCGUCGGGUGGGCCGGCGUGGGAAAGAAGCGGAAGAGGGAUAAGGAGAGUAAGAGUAUUGUUAAAGGCGUAAAGAGGAGGGUUAGUGUGCAUGAGAAGGAUCCCAAGGCAACAGCUGUAACGGAGACGGUAAAGACGCGGGAUGAAGGGAAGGUGAAGACUACGCCGGCUACGAACACGAACCCUGAGGCGAAAUCUUCGACGACAGCCAACCAGACUAAACCACCAGCGCUGAAAGCGGACCAAGAGAAGGCUAAGCCGAGCUUGGGCUUGGUGGAUUACGGUUCUGAUGAUGAUGAUGAUGACUGAUUCGCUUUGGCUUGAGGAGAGUUUCGAGCCUCGUAAAUGAUGGACCGGCUUACUACUUGCUGAUGUCCCUUCAAAGCUUUAACUUUGCUAGACGAUUGGACUUCGAGCCUGUUGACUUCGAAAGGGGCUAUUGACAAUGAGGACAGUGCUAUAUGGUCCUGAGAUGUUACCUAGUCGAGUAAGUUUCACUACUAUUGAACCUUGUAUUUCAUCUCACAGGAACGUAGCACGGAUAUCCACACAGCUAUCAGGUUCUGCGAGCCACCUUCAAGGUGACGUUUGACGAAAUAGGGGGUUACAUGCCACAGGUGUA